GAGCACCACCGAAGACGCGUGACAGCAUGGGAUGAUCUUUCAGCCCAGGCUGUCAAGAGUGGAACGAUGCAAGUAGGACACGGUCGUGAGUAUUUGCGCCCUGGACCGUUUGCCGCAAGUUCAUCAAUUGAAGAGCUUUAAUCGUUAUGGCGUCCACCGCUAGAGCGCAGAACAAGCAGAGCACAAGGGAUGAAGAACACCUAUCUGUAGCGCAUGAUGAAGCAAAUGCCUUGAUAUCGACAGUGGCGGCUUGCGAGACUACCGGUACGCCUCACCAAUUUCAGGAUGCAGGGGAUUCACUUGGAUCUGGCAUGUUCGGCGCGGUCCUCAGAGUAAAAUGCCGGGUCUGUGGAAAAUGCUUUGCCCGGAAGGACGUCACACCUGAUCAAACGAAUGAUGACGUGAAGUUGAAGAAGUCGCUAGACCAAAUCGACCAGGAAUUGAACUUCCUCCGACAUCUACACCAUCCCCACAUUAUUGCUUAUGUCCACCACAAGAGGCCGAAGAGGCAGGUAGACGCGUACCAGAUCUUCACGGAGUACUGCGAACUAGGGGAUAUAUCGGCUUUGAUCAAGGUCAAAGCGGAAUAUUCGGAUAAGUUCAUAUGGAAUGUUUGCGAGGCUAUAGCUUCAGCGCUUGCACAAUGUCAUCAGGGCCUGCGGAGUAUCAGGGUGGGCUCCGAGGAGAGCUACGUCGGAAUUGAUGCUCACUGGGCUCCGAUUAUUCACAGAGACGUCAAACCCGCGAACGUAUUUCUCAGCUCUCUUCUACCGGGCUUAUCGAAAGACGAGGCGGCUGCGAUGGCUAUCAAGUGUAUUGAUGGAGUGGUAGUGAAGCUCGGGGACUUUGGCGCUGCUUGUAGGUUAAAGGAAGGGACUCUGCAUACCACCAUGACGGGAACGCAAGCAUACUGGCCUCCGGAGGUAAAGGAAGAGGCACUGUCUUCCGGGAGGGUUACCGGCUGGUCCUCUGCCACGGACAUAUGUAGUCUCGCAGCGACACUCUAUUCCCUCCUAACCUUCCACCUGCCAAACGAGAAGAUCGGAGAAGUUCCCAUCUCAGCCCGGAUUGCGCAACUGAAGGACGAACUACCAGAUGGGAGAACUGAGGCCUCUGAGGUCCUUCUGAAACUCAUAUGCGACUGCCUCGAUCGCCAGCCCGCACGUCGCCCUAUAGCGUUGACUCUAUUAGCGGUGUCACUCAAGGCUGGUUCUUCGGAUGGGAAUCUUCGGCGAAGCGAGUCUUUCUGGACGACUUUAGCGAAGGACUCUCAUCAGGCUCACCGUCAAAUGAUCUCUCAAACGGUUCGGGAUUUCUCGGGCCAGUAUCUGCCGUUACUCCACGCUACAUUCACCUCAAAGGAGAUUUGCGCCAUUAUGUCGCUCACGGCGACUUACUCCAAACAGUCUCUGAAGACAACGGCAAACCGUCUCACAGAAAAGCCCAAAACCGUGUUCCACGCGGCCGCCGAACUCACGCCAACCGAUAAAGAGUUCGCAAACCUCGUAUGGGAGGUGACGCAGUGGCCGAGUUCCCCCGCUUUGGAAGGUCUAGUCAUUCGAAGUGAUAAGGAUGGCCUGUAUCCAAGUCAGAUUGCCGCUGAAAGGGGUAGCCGGCCGAUAUGCAAGAUGUUGUCCAAGAUAGACAGCGCGCGAAGCCAGCGAGGCACAGCGCAUACAAGAGGCAGCCACGUCGAAUCAUAAAGCCGCUCUGGAGCAUUCCGCAGAGGAAAUUGACUUUUUAUGCUCCCUUCGUACGGACAAUCGUAUCUGGAUCAAACAGAGUCCCC